AUGAAAUUGGAUCAAACAUAAUUACAAGGAUUGGAGAAGUCGACUGGUGGAGUCGCUUUAAGAUGGCGACACUUUUUCUAGUAUUGUCCUUGGUCUUAGUUGCCUCGGCAAUUCCACCACCACCAAGCUCAAGAAAUACAAUUUUCAUCGACGAACAACUCGAGGGACAAAUCUUUGAGGUCACAUCUGAAGAAAUCACUGACCUUGCCACAAUAAACACUUCCCAGUACAGACUUCCCACUACCACCAGACCCACUCAUUAUGAAGUACUUUGGAUUGUUGACAUAGAUCAGCUGACAUAUUCUGGGACAGUGGAAAUAACACUUGUUGCCACUCAAGCAAAUGUUCAGGAAAUUGUAUUGCAUUCUAAGGAUUUAGACAUAAGUUCCGUAACCCUUCUUCAAGGAGAAACUGUAUUAGUACAAAAUCUAACAAGUAUAGAGUUUGUUAAAGAGCUGGAACUUUUGAAAGUUCGAACUGGUGCAGCUUUAGAGUACAAUGCAACCAACCCUGUUAUAUAUACACUGAAACUAAGCUUUGAAGCUGAAUUAAGAAAAGAUAUGGCUGGAAUAUAUAGAAGUUGGUACCGAAACUCUUAUAAUGAAUCCGUAAGGUGGAUGGCAACUACACAAUUCCAGCCGACAAGUGGUCGAACCGCCUUCCCCUGUUACGAUGAACCAUCUUUUAAAGCGACUUUCAGCAUUCGCAUUCGCCGACCAUCCACUGGAUUCAAAAGUUGGUCCUGUACUCACCAACAAACUACCAACGUAAACGUAACUAUGGGCUUUGAUGAAGAUGUCUAUACUACCACACCGACUAUGUCAACAUACCUAAUAGCACUAAUUGUUGCUGAAUAUGAUACAAAAAAAACACCUGAGGUUGGUCCAUUGAAAUACGAAGUGAUUGCUCGGCCUGGAGCAAUGGGUAAAAAUCAAAGUGACUAUGCAUUUGACGUGGGGCAGAAGUUAUUAGAAGCUAUGAGCCAACACACGGCACUUGAUUUCUUUAGCCAAUCACCAAACCUUAAAAUGACACAGGCUUCAAUUCCGGAUUUCUCAGCAGGAGCUAUGGAAAACUGGGGUUUGCUAACAUACAGUUUGUACCAGGUUGAAUCUGAAAUGGGUUUUGACACACGUUUCGUAAUAGAACAAGUGCAUACAUCUAUGCUCGCGGAUUCAGCAGACAAUCAUCCUCUCUCCAACCCGAAUGUUGGUAGCCCUGAUGAUAUUAGUAAUAUGUUCUCCACAAUUUCAUACAACAAGGGAGCAGCAAUAAUCAGAAUGACGGAACAUUUGCUCGGUACUGACGUACACACACAAGGCCUACGAGUUUAUUUAAGGGAAAACUCCUACAAAACUGUCGUCCCAAGCGACUUGUCCCAAACGCUGCACAAUGCUGCAGUGCAAGCGGGCGCCAUUUCUGAAUAUGGCAGGCACUUCUCAGUUGUUGAUUAUUACAAGACAUGGCAUGACCAACCAGGAGUACCAGUCAUCUACGUCGAUGUUAACCAUAAAACUGGAGACAUGACUAUUACACAGCGUCGUUUUGACAUAAACGCGGGUUAUGCAAGUGUUAAUUAUAACUGGCAAAUACCAAUUUCGUUCGCUACAGCCAGUGAUGCCAACUUUAACGACACUAAGCCUUCUCAUGUGUUAACCUCGACAGUAACUGUUGUGAACCGUGGUACUGUGGGUGACGAAUGGGUUAUAUUUAAUAAACAGCAAACAGGUUACUAUAGAGUAAACUACGACCAAUACACAUGGAACUUGAUAAUUGUGGCACUAAGAGGUGAUGACAGAACCAAAAUAAAUGAGAAUAAUCGUGCCCAAAUUGUAGACGAUGUUCUUCAAUUCGCGCGAUCAGGUCUUAUGACUUACACACGAGCUUUCAACAUCCUAUCUUUCCUUCAAUACGAGAAGGACUACGCCCCUUGGCUGGCUGCCAUGACUGGUUUCUCAUGGAUAAGAAAUAGAUUAGUUGGUAGCCCCCUGUUAGCGAAAUUAGAGAGACAAAUUGUACAAUGGGCCACACCACUUAUGAACGAGUUGGGAUACACGCCAGUCUCUGGUGAAAGCUUCAUGAGGUCGUACUUGAGGCGUCAACUUGCCCCAGUGAUGUGUAAUAUGGGCGUUGAGGCGUGUCGAACAUCAGCAACUACACAAUUCCGGCGGCUUAUCGACGAUGAAGUGGAAGUAUCAGUAAACAGUCGUAACUGGGUGUACUGUAAUGGACUCCGCGCCAGCAAUAACUACAGCGACUAUGCUACCAUGUGGAAGAGAUUCAUAGAACACAACGUUUACACUGAGAAAAUUGUAUUGCUCCAAACCCUUGGAUGCACGCCUCUGGAAAGAGCACUGAAUGAGUUACUUACUUCGCUUGUACAAGAUAAUUAUGAAAUCCGCGAACAAGACUACACUACAACUUUCAACACAGCUCUAACAGGGAAUGAAGGAAAUACCCAGAUUGUACUAAACUUUAUUAAACGUAAUUUAAUAGAUAUUGAGAAAGCCUUUGGUUCUUUAUCGUCUCCGUUACGAAGCGUUGCUGCGAGACUUAGAUCAACAGAACAAAUCACCGAGUUUCAAUUAUGGCUGAACCAAACACAAGCUGACUUGGGUAACGCAUACACAAGCAUCUAUAGAGCGGCAGAAUCAGCUCGCAAUAGUUUAACCUUCGCAGAACAGAUUCAAGGUGACCUUGAUAACUACUUGACAAAUGGUGAUGAUGAUAUUGGGCCGUCGACCCCACCACCAGACCCCAUUAUCGAUCCCUCAACAUUCCCAAGACCAGAUGUCACCCCUCCACCAACACCAGAUUUGCCUGGAUCAGCUAUGUCAGCAGCGGUAUCGAUCAUCGUUGUUGCAUUUGCUGCAAUCACUAACAUAAUUCUAUAGUUAAGCUCUUGUUAUUAAUAAAGUUUAUAUUUUAAUAAAAAAAAUCUGAAAUAGU